UCGCUACUCUCAGCUCCAAACCACAGUGACUUGUGAGGCUGUUGGCUCCUGGGCCAAGCCUGACCUGCAGCCCUCCAAGGACCCAGUUGUCACACUCUCCCCUCUAUCCUGGGCACAGCUCCCUACAGAUGGCAUGGACCCCCUCGCCCCUGCUCACCCCAGGAAGGCUGAGGCUGCAGUUUGCAUCAUCUUUGGGAGAGAGCCUGAUCUCGAAGAAUCAAUUCGAAGAAAACAGGAGGAGGAGGAGGCAUGCCACCGCACACAGCGCCCAUUGGCUGCCCGUGGAAACUUUGGUUUUUGGGGUUAUAUUCCCAGAAGGCCUGCCCUCCCCCCCUCCCCACCCACCUCACGAGGUGUUGGCCAAUCGCCCUGGCGGGCAUAAAGUGGCUGCCAGCCCGCAAGGCUCCCAGCCAGGAGGUGUCACCCCCAGCAGGCGCCGGCCGGAGCUCGGGCACCCAGCAUGCGGGCACAGCUUAUGUGGAGGACGCUGCCCAAUCCAAAGCCAAGGCCUAGACAAGGAUGGACUGAAGGAGCACUGCCGGGAGCGCCCAGGGACCUUCCCCAGCAAAGAGGCCCUGCAGCGGCUCAGCAGGCAGGAACUCCUGCGGGCUCUCGACACCAUGCUGGACCACGUUCUGCACAGACUGAUGGCCUUGCAGCGAGACAUCCCCAAAGCCCAGGACCUGGAGACAGUGAAUAGAGCAAAGCAGAACAUUCGCGGGUUCAAGAACAAUAUCCACUGCAUGGCCCAGCUGCUUCCAGGCUCAUUGGAGAGGACUGAGCCCGCUCCGAUAGGCCCAGGGACAUCUCCAUCGCCCACCCCCACCCCAGACACCUUCCAGCGCAGGCUCGAAGGCUGCAGGUUCCUGCACGGCUAUCACCGCUUCAUGCACUCUGUGGGGCAGGUGUUUCGAGAGUGGGCAGAGAGCCCGAGUCGGAGCCGGAGACACAGCCCCCGCCGUGGCUUGUGGAAGGGGGCCCGCAGAGUGCCACUCUCCAGGGGGAAUAAGAGACUCCUUCCCCGGGGGCAGCUGCCCCGGUAGUCUUAGGGGACACCCCCGGCAGAGAAAGGAUCCGUAUGUACUCCCUAGGAUGGCAUCUCCCCCCAGGGCCUCCAAACCUGCUCCCCUCUGUUCCUCACCUCCCAGAAGUGCACUUUAAGGGGUGGGAGUCAGGCUCCGGGAUGGGAGGGUAGGGUCAGGCUAUUGAGCCCCCAGCCCUGAAUUCGUCAGUCUUGGUGGGGUGGCUGGGUCAGGCCACGCGGGGCCAACUUUCCAUUGAUUCAGGGGUCUGAUGACACAGGCUGACUCAUGGCCAGACUGACUGCCCCCCCCUCCCCCCGCCGCUCUGCUCUCGGAGGGCUGCUGGCCCUUCCCUCUCAUGACUUACAGAGCCGUUGCCCCCAGACUUCCUCCUUUCCACGGCAGCAUGGUUCCAAGGGGAGGGUUAGGGCCUGAGCUGGCCUUCGAAGGCUCAUUGCCAUUCUCAGGCCAGACACCUGGACAUCUGGGUGACCUCACUUUAGGCAGCUGUGACAGAUGCAGAGUGUCUUAGAAGGAGCACUGAUCUGGGGACGGGGGUGUCCAAGAACAGGGCUCAGUUCCCAGCUCAACCCCUAACUCACUGUGUGGCCUCAGGCAGGCCACUUUACCUCUCUGGACCUCAGUUUUAUUUUUUGUGGUUCAAGCGGUUGGUGUAAAGCCCUCUCCGCUUGAUUCAAUGACAUAGAGCAAAUAUCCAAUGCCUUGCAAAUGGGCAGGGCCUGGAGUUCUCUAUAGACCUACUGCCUGGAAGGGCCGGGUCUUGGGUCCCGGCUGCUGGCUGCGCCCCCUGGUGGUGCAUCUUUAAAAUUUCUCAUGCUGAAACUGGUUCGAGGGAGGCUCAGAAGGUGCUGGCACAAUUCUUUGGAGGGAUAUAACUAAUUUAUCGAUUUUUAUCAGUUUUUAUCUGUUUCCUAUUUAUAAGGCUUAUUUAUGAUGUGUAUUUAAUGUUAAUAUUGUGUCAACAUAUAUUUAAAAAACUUGCCUUUUUCUAAA